AUUCAAUAAACAUGAUUGUUGAGCCAAGCUCCGUUCCAGUCAAUGUUCGAGGUCGUUACUUCUGGAGGGGAAAGGAAAGAUUCUUUGUCCGAGGAGUCGUCUAUCAACCCUGUGGAGAUGAGCAACAAGGCUUGACCAAUGAUCCCAUAGCGGACGACCGUCUACCCGAGCUGGANAAAAGUGUUGAACUGUUCAAGGAACUUGGGAUCAACACUUUAUAUAUNCUGUUUGUUAUGCACAAGCAACACAACGAGCACUUUGUCGACAAUGCUAAGCAGCAUGACAAAGCCAUGAAACUGCUCGAGGAUGCAGGAAUUUAUGUUGUCACGACUGCGGGUAUGAUGGCUGGUUAUGUGAAUACUCUAGGCAUUAUCGCGGCCGAUUCAGUGGUGAAUAGUCGUGAUUCGCUUCAUGCAACUCCUGUUGUGAAAGCUGUCGUCCGGGACCUCAAAAGGUUUCUGCUCUUCAGCAACAAGAGUAAGGGAACACGAGUACUACCUGUAGGCUACUCGCCGUCAAUUGCUGUGCACAUCAACCACACAAAGUUUCUGGAAUACCUAUACUUCGGUGGCGAAGAGAAUGCGAUUGACUUCCUAGCGGCAAGUUAUGGUCCAGGACUUAUUUCACGUUCUAAGACUCUAACUACACAUAGNAUUCCGGAUUAUUCAUGGGUCGGAGCAAAAUCGAACAUGCAAAUAUCGGGCUGGAACGCCUUCAUCAACCGAUAUGAAGACUUCGCCAUACCUGCAUUUCUCUCAGAGUACGGUGCGAAUACACACCAACCUCGGCAACUUACUGAAAGCAAGGCUCUCUAUGCAAGUCCAAUGACCAGAGUCUUUUCAGGAGGGUGCAUCUACGAGUUUACUGAUUCUGCCAAUAACUAUGGCCUUGUAGCAAUGCCUGGUGCAGACAAGACAAGCUGGUUCCAGGAACACAGAGACAUCGAGAANAAAGUAAUUGAGACACGAAAAACGGACCAGGGUAAUCUAUACAUUUACCAUGACUUCGUCAACUACAAGGCAGCCCUUGCUGAACCCACGGACAACGAUUCGAGCUGGGAUAUNCAAUGGGAUUCCCAAUAC